AAGUGGAGAUGAGAACUGCAGGCUUCAGAAGGCAGGGCCGAGGCCAAUCACAACUUCUGCAUCGCUGAAUGACACCAGGAGUCCUGCCUCUGUAACUUUUGUUAUUUUUCCCCUCAGCCUCCUUCAAUUGUUCCCAGCACUUGGUCACGGACUCAGACAGGCUACCAGAGACCACAGGCAGCUGCCACCACACUCCAACAGCCUGCAGCAGAGGUAUUGUUCAAGUUUUGAUUUAGGAAAGGGACAAAUUGAUGCUGUGAGGCACCUGGCUCCUUUUCCUUUUACUGGUAAGCACCAGGUGGUGACAGCGUCAUGGAAGAUUAACAAGUAAGCUCCACAAAGGCUGUCUAAACAAAAAGAGAAGAUAACAGGCACUUUUCACUGUUCCUGACAACUCCACUCCUUUCCUGCACUUCUAAAACCUCUGAUUUGUGCCCUCUGCUUUCUUGCUGCCAUGGAGAAGGUCCAAUACAUAACCCGCUCUGCUCUGAGGAGAGCCUCAACUAUUGAGGUCAACCCACAAGCACGCCAAAGGCUCCAGGAGCUCUUUGUGAAUUUCUGCCUGAUCUUAAUUUGCCUCUUGCUGAUCUGUAUCAUUGUGAUGCUCCUCUGAAGUUCCAGCACUUCUCUGCACUGUUCUCUAGGAAAGCCGCCCAAAGGGAAGAGCGACCUCCACUUCCAACCCCAAUGCAAGGAUCCCCUUGGGAGAGGGGCUAGCACUUGGACUAAGGCUGUGCUGCGUGCCAGCCGUCGCGCUGCUCUUACUGCCUGCCACAUGUAUUAAAAACACACUUCUGUGCUGAACAGUGUCUAGAGCUUGUUGUUACACAGCUGUGCAUGACCUAUUUUAUCUGUUCAGUCAAGAGAUGUCUGCUCUGGUGCAGGGAACUGCCUCUCCAGAGGGCUGGUAAGUCUCCCCAUGUUUUAGCCAGUUUUCCAUGGGUUGGCCACUACUGACAAGCAAGAAGUGUACUUUUUCAGGAUCUCUGUAAGUCCAUAAACCACUGGGCAUGUUCCAAAUUCAGCUGAAAGAACAGCACACAUACCACAUACUGCAGAGUAGGAGGACAUCUGCUCCGAGUCCUAAAACAUGCUGUAUCUUUGUGCUAUCAACUGAAGGCAUUCACCUUGUUCUAGCAUUUUUAUAAGAAUGAAAGUAAAACAAAAAAAUAUCUUCUGAACAGAUUUUUUUUUUUGUAAAUUUCAAGUGCUCUUCUUCAAAUUUAAAGGAUCCUUUAUAUAUAUAUACACAUAUAUAAUGUAUUUGCAUAUUUCUAUACACUCACACCUUGGAUCUGAAAACAAAAAGGCAAUUUUUUUCACUGGACUUUGUCGCUGUUCCAUUUUCACAUGAUAUAAUCUUACAGAAUUAAAUGACAACCAAAAAGAUUUUUCAGUAUGUUUGUGCAGACAAAUGCAUGCUACCACACUGGCAAAGAUUUCAUUUUCUGUAAGUAGCAUAAACAACCGGCACAAGUAAAAAAUUACAAAUAGCUCCAAGUUCUUAAUGUUUGGUUGCAGACAACUUGAUUUGCAGCCUGCUAUAAUUCAUACAAUAAUUGCCCGAGUUUAAAACUACAGAUAGUUUGACAUUUGCCACUCCCAUUCUACGUGACUUACAUUUGAUGUGGUAAAGAAAAAGGUUUAGGUCGUGUUCACUACUGCAAAUGGGGCAUACUGCAGAAAUACAAGCAACACCACCAUCCUCAACUGCACAUGACUGUUAGAGAACAAGCAAGUAUUUUCCUAAGAUAAAUGUUAUGUAUCAUUAUGUAUAGGAAGAAGAACAUUGCAGAAAAAUUGGUUUAGUACGUAAAUCACAGUCUAUACAAAUAAAAGGUGAAGCUUCUGCUCCAGCAGAUAUCAGUAACAGGCCUGAGCAGACUUCCAGCCCUCUCACAUGUUGGUGUUAGGCUAAAUUCCUAGAAACAUUACAGUUUUCAAACAAAGAAAGCUCAACAAUCAACAGACAGAGAUCAGACAUUAUUUUGAACAGGCAUCUUUCUUGGGCAAAGAAUCCCACUGAUGAAAGCAGGAAAUCAAAUGAAGUUUAUCUUAAUCUUGUACUCUGUCUUGAAGACUUAACAUUAUAUAAAUAUGGGUUAACAAUGAACAACUAAGCAGAAAGGGAAGAAAUCUCAGAGGAAAAAAAAAACCC